AUGGCUAGUUUAGAAGAUUUGAUCCCAACAGUCAACAAACUGCAAGAUGUUAUGUAUGACGCAGGAAUUGACACUUUUGAUUUACCGAUUUUAGCUGUGGUUGGCUCUCAAUCUUCUGGGAAGUCAUCGAUAUUAGAGACCUUGGUGGGAAAAGAUUUUUUGCCAAGAGGGACAGGUAUCGUCACUCGAAGACCAUUGGUUUUGCAAUUGAACAACAUCCCGCAUGAUUCUCCUCUGAUCAAAAGCCCUUCCUCAUCUAGUGAUUCAGUAGCAAAUGAAAAUUCCCACUCUUUAAGAGAGAAGGUGAGUACUGAGGAAAUGACUUUGGAGGAGCAUUUAAGGAAAGGAGCUCCUGAAUACCAAAAACCAAACGACGAAGAGUGGGGUGAGUUUUUACAUUUACCAGGACGUCGAUUUUAUGAUUUUAGUGAUAUUCGAAAAGAAAUUGAAAAUGAAACGGCAAGAAUAGCGGGAAAAAACAAGGGCAUCAGUAAGAUUCCUAUUAAUUUGAAGGUUUAUUCUCCGAAGGUUUUGAACUUAACGUUAGUGGAUUUACCUGGUAUCACGAAAGUUCCAAUAGGUGAACAACCCCCUGACAUUGAGAAACAAAUCAAGAAUUUGAUUUUAGAGUAUGUCGCCACCCCAAGUUGUAUUAUCCUUGCUGUGUCACCUGCAAAUGUAGAUUUGGUGAACUCUGAAUCACUAAAACUUGCGAGAGAAGUUGAUCCCCACGGUAAGAGGAGUAUAGGUGUCAUAACUAAAUUGGAUUUAAUGGACUCUGGAACAAACGCUUUGGACAUAUUAUCAGGUAAAACUUACCCGUUGAAACUUGGCUUCGUUGGUGUGGUAAAUCGUUCUCAGCAAGAUAUUCAGUUGAACAAAACUGUUGAAGAAGCCCUUGAUAAUGAAGAAGAGUACUUUAAUAGGCACCCUGUGUACAGAACUAUUGCGACCAGGUGUGGCACUCGUUACUUAGCAAAGCUUUUAAACCAAACUCUUAUGAGUCACAUCAGAGAUAAGCUUCCGGAUAUUAAGGCUCGCUUGAAUACUUUGAUUGGUCAAACGGAACAAGAAUUGGAAGCCUUUGGCGGUAUGGGAAUAAUUACGAGUGAAAAUAGAGCAGGCCUUGUGCUUCAACUGAUGAAUAAAUUUGCAACAAACUUCAUUUCUUCUAUCGACGGUACUUCUUCUGAUAUAAGUACAAAAGAACUAUGCGGUGGAGCAAGGAUAUAUUACAUUUACAACACCAUAUUUGGUAAUUCUUUGAAAUCUAUAAGUCCUACCGCAAACCUGAGCAUGUCAGAUAUAAGAACUGCCGUAAGGAAUUCUACUGGGCCAAGACCCUCACUUUUCGUCCCAGAACUUGCGUUUGACUUACUGGUUAAACCACAGAUUAAGCUUUUGUUGGAUCCAUCUCAACGGUGCAUCGAACUAGUAUAUGAGGAGUUGAUGAAAAUUUGUCAUAACUGUGGUACCCCAGAAUUAUCGAGAUACCCGAAAUUACAAAGCAAGCUUAUUGAGGUGGUAAGUGAAUUAUUAAGGGAACGUUUGGGUCCUACGCGCUCAUAUGUCGAAAGUUUGAUUGAAAUCCAUAGAUCUUACAUCAAUACGAACCACCCAAACUUUCUGAGUGCUACGGAAGCUAUGUCGGAUAUAAUAGCAAAACGUAAGAGUAAUAAUAGUAUGGUUGCUUUUAACAAAAAAAGUAGUAUCAAAAGCUCUUCACCAGAUGUUGGUUCUAUGAAAGAAACUUCAAGCAGAGCCUCACAGUCUCCUUCAAAUUCACCAAAGCUUGAAUCGAAUCGUUCUCUUGAAAGUGAGCCUGAAGAUAGAAUGGAUGAAGCCGACGCCAAAUCUAAGGAUUCUUUUUUGAAAUAUUUUUUCGGGAAAGACAACAUUGAGCACCCGGAAAAUGGUCCGCUGCAUGGUAGGAUUAAUGGCAUUACUAGACUCAAUAAAGACAUUAAUGGCCAGACACACCUUGACAUGAAUAAUUUGCAGAUCAGCAAUGAUGCCAAACAGGACCACAUUGAUAACGAUGAAGAGAUGGCACCUGCGCUUACAGAAAGGGAGCAGUUAGAAUGUGAGCUAAUCCGUAGAUUGAUAGUUUCGUACUUCAACAUUGUCCGGGAAAUGAUACAAGAUCAGGUUCCUAAAGCUGCUAUGUGCCUCCUAGUAAACUUUUCUAAGGAGACACUGCAAAACAGACUCGUUACAAAGCUGUAUAAAGAAUCAAUGUUUGAAAUUUUGUUACAAGAGGAUCAGACAUUGGCGCAAGAUCGUGAAAAGUGUGUCAAGCUUCUUGACACUUACAAGAAAGCAUCAAAUAUUAUUGGAGGCAUCCUGUAA